GUGCCUUGGUAAUGGGGAUAGCGGAGGGGAUUUUCGGGGUCUCUGUGUUAGAUCGAAGUAAUCCCCAAAACUGAAUUUUUGGUCGGGACUAUUUUACUCGCGUCGUUUCACUCUUUCUCUUUCACCUCUCUUGUUCUCUUUCCCUUCCCUUCCCUUUUACCCCCAUACCAUUCACGACCACCGUACGAUGGCCAUCCAAAAAGAACCAGGUCAGAAAGGUAUCAACUGGUCCAACAUUGCUGUUGGUGCCAUCAUGAAUAUGGUUACCACACUCGGUCAGCCAUUAGAAGUCUUGAAGACACAAAUGGCAGCCAACCGGUCACAGACAAUGCUCCAAGCUACCAAGUCGGUCUGGGCUCGGGGUGGCGUUUCGGGUUUCUACCAAGGUCUUAUUCCAUGGGCAUGGAUCGAGGCUUCGACAAAGGGAGGUGUACUGCUAUUCACUGCUUCGGAAAUCGAAACGGCUGGUGAAAGAGUCGGUAUCAGUCCCGCUGUGGCUGGUCUCUUGGGUGGUAUGGGUGGCGGUGUUGCACAGGCUUAUGCUACUAUGGGUUUCACUACGUGUAUGAAAACGGCCGAAAUUACUCGUCAUAAACAGGCUGCUACUGGUGCAAAGCCCCUUUCUACAUGGGCUGUGUUCAUGGACAUCUACCGUCGGGAAGGUAUUCGAGGGAUUAACAAGGGUGUUAACGCUGUCGCUGUGCGUCAGUGCACAAACUGGGGUUCACGUAUGGGCUUUGCUCGUCUUGCCGAAACGACUAUUCGGAAUAUCCGGGGCAAGGGAGAAAAUGAUAAGCUUGGUGCUAUGGACAAGAUUAUUGCAUCUUCGAUUGGUGGUGCUCUUGCGACAUGGAAUCAGCCUAUCGAAGUCAUUCGAGUUGAGAUGCAAUCUAUGGCUAAAACUACUGCAAAUGCCAACCGACCAGCCAAAAUGACUAUAAUGAACACUUUAUCUUUCAUCUACAAGGAGAACGGUCUCAAAGGUUUGUAUCGUGGUGUUACUCCUCGGAUAGGUCUUGGCAUAUGGCAAACUAUUUGUAUGGUGUCGUUCGCUGACUACGUCAAGAUAUGGAAGGCAAGUAAACGAGGGACAUGGCGCUUAAUACAUUGAUAGACUGCAUAAUAUUUUAUUGCUUUGGGCAUACUUAUGGUUUGAUAGAUAACUUAAAUAUACCGCCUUUUACACCUU